GUCAAGAUCAUGAAAUACUUACUGCUUCUCGCCUUCGUGGGUGUGGCUGUUGCCCUCCCCAUCAGCGAUGGGGAUGAUGACAAGAUUGUGGGAGGCUACAGCUGUGCAAAGAACGCUGUACCCUACCAGGUGUCUCUGAAUUCUGGGUAUCACUUCUGCGGAGGUUCUCUCAUCAGCAGCCAAUGGGUGCUGUCAGCUGCUCACUGCUACAAGUCUUCCAUCCAAGUGAAGCUUGGUGAAUACAACCUGGCAUCCCAAGACGGCAGUGAGCAGACCAUUAGCUCAGCUAAAAUCAUCCGCCAUCCUGGCUACAAUUCCGACACGCUCAACAACGAUAUCAUGCUCAUCAAACUAUCCAGACCAGCCACACUCAACUCCUAUGUCAACACAGUUCCUCUGCCUAGCAGCUGUGUGACCACUGGAACAUCGUGCCUGAUCUCCGGAUGGGGCAACACACUCAGCAGUGGCAGUGAGUACUGGGUGGGAACGGAUAGCAUCCUGAGGACCCUGGAGAUAGUCUAA